UUCAAGUGGUUUUGCUGUGAGAGAAUGGGGAGGAAGCCAUGCUGUGAGAAGGUGGGGUUGAAGAAGGGGCCUUGGACAGCUGAGGAGGAUAGGAAGCUCGUCAACUUCAUGCUCAACCAUGGGAAAUGCUGCUGGAGAGCUGUGCCCGAGCUUGCAGGACUGCUGAGGUGUGGAAAGAGUUGCAGGCUAAGGUGGACAAACUAUCUCAGGCCUGACCUGAGGAGGGGAUUGCUAUCGGACGCCGAGGAGAAGCUAGUCAUCGACCUCCACUCUCAGCUCGGCAACAGAUGGUCGAAGAUUGCAUCUCAUCUCCCCGGUAGAACAGAUAAUGAAAUAAAGAACCUGUGGAACACCCACAUAAAGAAAAAGUUGCGGAAGAUAGGCAUCGAUCCCCUGCCUCACAUGCCCAUCAUCCCUUCAGCCAACGAGCAGACCCACCAGCAGCCGAAGCAGCAACGGCGACACGUGGAUGCUUGGUCUAAUGGAGAUCAGAAAGCCGAGGAGGCCACCUCAAAGUAUUGUUGUGAGGUAGAUGAAGUACCGGAAGCAGAAGAGAAGAGCGCAGUGAGCACGUCCGAUCGUGCACCUGACAUUGCUGAUGCAUCCCUUAGCAGCUGCCCCGAAUUCUGCACUGAUGAGGUGCCAAUAAUACAACCGCAUGAGAUACUGAUCCCCUGUGGUUCUUCUUCUUCGUCUUCAUCCUCAUCAUCAUCAUGCUCCUCCACCGGUUCAUCAGCAAAAGCUGGGCCGAUCGAACCUCCUUCAUUCAUGGAGUUGCCAGAAUCCACGUAUCUCUGGGGUGUGGAUGACUUAACUGUAUGGUCUUCCAUUCAUGGAGAGGAGCUAUGGAAACAUGACCUCUUCUGACUCUCUUUUCUGAUGGUUUUGUGAUUUGGCGAACAAUGAAAAUCCAUUUUGCUGAAAAAAUGAUUGCAAAAAGAUUCCAAUGUUUUAGUCUUCUUAAGUUAAAUGUGCAGAAAACACAUUCAACUAUUUGAUUCGAUGUAGUUUCUCCAUCAUGAACUUAAA